AGCCGAUCACGCGCGUUCAGUUGUGUGCGGUCGGACGGACGAAGAAGCCAAGAAGCGAAAACUUCAGUCGAAUGUUGUGUGUGGUUUAAAAAAAAUUAAAUGGAUGCCAGCAGCAAGAGCGUCUUUUUGUUCGAAUUUGUGUCGCCGUCGUCGCGCUUUGUGCAGUCCCUCGGAAAUUGUGCUCAGUGAGAAAUAAUUAUCGUUGCGGGUGUGAAGAGAUUUUCAAUCGAUUGGAAAUUGAUUUUCUUUUGUGUAGUGGAAUUUUGUUUCCCAGUCCUUCAUAUUGAGGGAAGUAGUUUACGUUGAACGCGAAAAAGUAAAUAACCCAGUGUAGAAAAAUGGAUACGCCGAAGCGAAUUAAAACCAUUUCCUCACCGUACAUCGGCAGUCCUCCGUCAGCCAGUAAUCAAGCGAUGUUCGGUUCGCUUACGGCAGCGGCAACCGUAACACCCGGUGAUAGUAAACAUCUUUAUCACCAGUGGAACUCCGGUUGGCCACCGUCAUCACACGAAUCACUAACCAGUCCGGCAUCGACCUGCAGCUCGCCGGAUGUAAUCAUGGCGAAAACCCUAACGGGAACACCUACCACCCAUGGUAACAGUUGGAAACAUCAUUCCAGUGGUGGCAGCUCGGCGGAGAAGUCCGAGAACAAACGGGGCCGGCCGAGAUCGGAAGCCCUUACCAUUCUGAUGGUGGAGGGCUCGAUAUCUCCAUCGGCCAUUAAGUGCCGCUACUGUAAUCGCGUUUUCCCGAGGGAAAAAUCCCUCCAGGCUCAUCUCCGGACGCACACAGGCGAACGUCCCUACCAGUGCGACUACCCGGGAUGCACCCGAGCCUUCACCCAGAGCGGACAGCUGAAGACCCACCAACGGUUGCACACCGGCGAACGGCCAUUCAUCUGUGCCGCCGCCAACUGUCAGAUGCGCUUUACCCAUGCCAACCGACACUGCCCGGACCAUCCUUACGAUACGCUGAAACGAUGCGACGACUUUGUCAUCCAAACCGUACCGGAACAGAACUCCGAAGUUCUGAAAUGGUUGGACAAAUACCGACUGGAGCGUGAGGAUCGAACACCCACGCGUAAGACUCCGAAGAGGCCCAAUCACAGCGCCCAGAACGAGAAUGAGAACCGAGCGCAAUCGGUUGUGAACAACGAGAACUACGAGGCCAACGGAAGCGCAUUCCAGUCGCCGAUAACGCCGCGUUCGCCAUUUAAAAGCCGCAAGGGAUUGAUGUGCGAGCUGGACAUGAAUGCCGGUAUGGGUCUAUCGGCCAGUCCGAUCACAGCUAAAACCAAACCAAACCAACCCAAGCUAAUCCAAUGGCAUGAACCGACCAGCCAAGAGGAGGACGACUCCGGUGAUGAGUCCACUGGAGUGCCUGCUCGGUCGACGUUCAAUCCAAAGAAGAAGUGGCUACGUGAUGCAUGGCAGGAAGAUCUAGCUAAACCUUUAGAGCCCAGCAUUAUUUCACCACAGGCAUUAUCCAGUACCACCUCGACAGCCGCUCUGAAGCAGCAACUAAACCAGGAAAGCAACUACCUCAAACAAACGACAAACGGAGAAGCAGCGAAAGUAGCCGCUAUCAACCCAAACCAGAUGCGUCCAACGGUGCUAAUGGUAGCCAGCAAGCACUGCGCUCGUCCGCUCAAUGAACAACCGAUGAUUCCGGCAACCCAGCCGCAUCGGCCGGAAGAAACCAAUCGAAAACUCCAGGGAGCCCUCGCCCUAAUGCAGCUAGCCACCGAAGAUGCGGCCGCUUUUCUCGGUCAAUACAGUCCGGAUGCUGGCAAUGAAAUCAUGGAAAACCGCGAAACCAGUUCCACCGUUACAUCCCCGUCGUCAUCAUCCUGCUCGCCACCAGUGACUACGGCAAGCUUCCUAACGCACCAACCCCUCCGAAUACCGAUGAUUUCCCACUUGUCGGGGGACAUCGACCAUAGCAUCCCAUUCACAAUCGCCGCCGAGGGCUACGUGAACUAUCAGUAACAAGUGUGUACAUUUUUC